UAUCCAUAGUCCGCAAAUGCUCUAUCACCACAGCUUCAUGACAGACAGGGAGGGGGAAGCGAAGAACUGUAAGCCCCGGAUCCAUCUUCAAGAGAAAAUUAGAAAGAGAGACCGCGUCCCAGCUUUACUUCUUUUUAGCGGCAUCUUUCCGUGUGAUCCGUGUUAGGGAGCCCGAGGAGGGGGCUGUGUCACUGUCUGUAGGAUGUCCCGACAUGAGGGUGUGAGCUGUGACGCGUGUUUAAAAGGGAACUUCAGGGGGCGCCGCUACAAGUGUUUAAUCUGCUACGACUACGACCUGUGCGCGUCGUGCUACGAGACGGGAGCCACUACCACCAGACACACCACGGAACAUCCCAUGCAGUGCAUACUAACCAGGGUAGACUUUGAUCUGUACUAUGGCGGGGAGGCCUUCUCAGUAGAACAGCCUCAGUCAUUCACGUGUCCCUACUGCGGCAAGAUGGGCUACACAGAGACCUCCCUACAGGAGCACGUCACCUCGGAGCACGCCGAAACCUCCACGGAGGUGAUUUGCCCCAUCUGCGCUGCCUUGCCCGGAGGCGACCCCAAUCAUGUGACAGACGACUUUGCCGCUCACCUCACACUUGAACACAGAGCACCUAGAGAUUUACCCCACGAUGAGACCAGUGGCGUGCGGCACGUGCGCCGGAUGUUCCACCCUGGCCGAGGGCUGGGGGGUCCGCGGGCCCGCCGGACCAACAUGCACUUUACCAGCAGCUCCACCGGGGGGCUCUCCUCCUCACAGAGCUCCUCCUACUCUCCAAGCAAUAGGGAAGCCAUGGACCCCAUAGCAGAGUUGUUGUCCCAGCUGUCGGGCGUGCGCCGCUCGGCGGGCGGCCAGCUCAACUCGUCAGGGCCGUCGGCCUCGCAGCUGCAGCAGCUCCAGAUGCAGCUGCAGCUCGAGCGCCAGCAGGCGCAGGCAGCGCGGCAGCAGCUGGAAACGGCGCGCAACGCCACGCGGCGCAGCAACCCCGGCAACAUCAGCGGCGGGGGAGGAGGUGGGGGUGGCAGCGGGGCGGCCGCCAUCCCGCCCUCGUCCAACACGGCCAACAACCCGGCCAGUCUGCCCGAGAGCAACACGCUGGCCCAGCACAGCUCCCAGUUCCUGCUCACACGGUUGAACGAGCCCAAGAUGACGGAGGCGGAGCGGCAGGCGCUGGAGGGUGAGCGGGCCGACCGCAGCCUGUUCGUGCAGGAGCUGCUGCUGUCCACGCUCAUGCGGGACGAGAGCUCCUCCUCGGACGAGGACGAGCGCCGAGACUUCGCCGACUUCGGGGCCAUGGGCUGCGUGGACAUCAUGCCGCUGGACAUGGCGCUGGAGAGUCUCAACCUGAAGAGGGAGAGCUUCACGGGCAAGGAGCCUCCGCCCCCUCCUCUUUGAUGACGCCCCACCACCACCGCAACAACAGCAACCGCAACGCAGACUAUGUCCUCUGUGCUGUAACUGCCAAUGAUGACGAUGGUGGCGGCAAACAACAAGGAAAACAAAAAACGUCAACAACAACAACAAAAAAGAAAAUGACAACAACAAAACAGCCGUUCCCCCCACCCCACCCCGUUUUGUUUGCUUUUUAAUUUUUUCUUUUUCUGUUUUUCUCCUCGGGUUUUUUUUUCUUUUUCUUUUUUUUUUUCGGUGAUUUGUAAUUUCAGGUCUGUCACCUUUGUUACAUUGUAUAAAUCCAUAAUGGAGAGUGUAAGAGUGUGUGUGUGCGUGUGUAUUGGGAGGGGCGGGGGGGGGGAUUAAAAUACAACAACAACAAAAAAAGAAAAAAAAUACAAACAAAGCAAGUGAGAACAAGCGUGCGUGCGAACGAGAGCGAGAGAAACAGCUGCAGAAUGAAAGCGAGCGCGAGAGAUGAGAUGAAAAUAAAUAUAUAUAUACACAUAUAUAUAUAUAUAAAUAUAUAUAAAAAUAAGUUGAUAAUCAAUUCCACAUAACUCAUUUUUUUCCUUUAGCAGGUGAGCGUAGGUAGCUGUGGCAGACCUUGGCUUCCUGUGUCCAUGCAAAAAGGCUCUCCUUAUAAAUAUCUCACAUUCAAAAACUGAAGAGGAAAAAAAACCAGAGACCUUCUCUUAUGAAGCUGCUGUGUGUAUUUAUGACUAUUAAUGAAUAAAAAGUGCUUGGAUGGUUUACCAUAACUUACUGCAUGAGGUUCUUUGCAGCGUGCAUGAUUUUUUUUUAAUGACAGUCAUUAAAAAAAAAAAAGGACAAAUAAUCCCAAAGCUUUCUUUAAACAUUAUUUUGAAGGGUUACUUGAACAGAAUUUGAGUGAACUAUUGUAGAAUUUUAAAAAGAAAAAAAAAAGUUUUGUUUUUGGUUUGUUCAUUUUUCUUUGUUUUUUUUUCUUUUUUGGUUUGCUUUUAUAAAGGACACAAAAAGUUCAAUCGGAAUCUGCAGUAGCUUCUCAUAAGAAAUGGAUGCAAUGUGUAGUGUGUCUCCCAGCUCCAAACCUGUCCCUUCCGUCGUGACGCCAUCUUUUGAGUGGUCUUGCAACGGGGGCGCAAUGACUACUCUCAUUGUUCAAUAUAUAACCAGUUCAGCAAAAAAAAACAAAGAAAAGACAAAAAAAAAGUAAAAGUAAACCUAAACACAACUUAAGUGAUUUUCUUUUGAAAUGAAGCUAGCAAUGUAGAGGGCGGUCUUUCUACCUGCCCGAGGACUUUCAAAAAAAAAAAAAAAAAUGAAAAAAAAAGACACAUUAUAAACUUGGAGCAGCAAAAAAGAAAUCACACCUCUUGUCAUUUUUUUUUCUCCUAGUUAUGUCGAUGUUUUAGUGACAAGCUGUGUUUGAGGAAACACCAAAUGUAAACUGUCUAACAUAUGCACCUGUACAGCAACAGUUCUUCAUUCUCAUAGCUCUCCUCUCAUCUCUAGUACGUGAGGCCCCAACAUCUUUGUCAGUUCAGUCACCUCCCCCCCCCCGUCUUCUCUCCUGGCCACCCAGUCUCUUUCGUCUGUGAUGAUGGAGCGCUUGAGACUAGCCACAUUGCAGGCCUAUGAUCUUUAUUUUUUCCCUCCCACUUUGAGAAGAAAUUAUCUAAUUUACUCUGCUAAAGAUAGCACCUUCUAUUUAUUCAGAUUUUUUUUUUAGUUUUCAUUUGGUUUUUUAUUUCUUUUCUUCUUUUUUUUUGGACUCACUCUUGAUUCUUUUUAAGCCUUGUGAUUUAAAUCAUGCCACCUCCAUGCCUAUACUCUUAUCCUCUAUGUAAAAUACAAUGAGAUGUAUAUUGAAUUUGUGCGUUUAACUUUCAUAAUGGUUCCAGGACAUGGGCAGACUUUCUUUUUUAAUGUUUAAUUUAGAAUACUACAAUAAAACUGCGCACAGCUUUUGAUGAAAACGA